CCCCACCCAACAUGGCCGGGCACCGGGAUCGCAUCCAACGGGCGCUGGAGGAGCUUUUGGCCGCCGAGUUGAACCGGUUGAAGGCGACGUUGAACCGGCUGCCGGUGGCGGCCGGUUACGGCACCAUCCCCCGCGGGCGGAUGGAGGGGGCCGACGCCCUCGGCCUCACCGAGCUGCUGGUCGGCUGCUAUGGGGAAGGCUAUGGGGCGGCGGUGGCGGCCGAGGCGCUGCGGCGCAUCCAGCGGAGGGAUCUGGCGGAUGGAUUGGUUGGGGGUGAGGACCCCCACCGCCCCCGCGACCGCGCCGAUGACGUCACCGACCAGGCGACCGCCCCGUCGCCGGAGGAGCGCUUCGUGGCGCGGCACCGGGGCGACCUGAUCCAGCGGGUGCGGGGGGUGCCGGCGCUGCUGGACGGCCUGGAGGCGGGGGGGGUGCUGGCCCCCGAGGAGGCGGCCGCGGUGGCCGCCGGGGCCACCCCGCAGGACCAGAUGCGGCGGCUGUUGGCCACCGCCCCGGCGUGGGGCCGGCGGGGUCACCGGCGCUUCCUCUGCGCCCUGCGCCGCCUGCACCCCUUCCUGAUGGAGGAGCUGGAGGGGGCGGGGGGGGGCCGGGAUGGGGACGGGGGGGAGAUGGUGCAAACUGGGGGGCCGGGGGCCCCCUGACCUCCCCCCACCCCA